AUGAGUAGAUAAGGAAAAACAAGAUUAACAAAAUGGUAUUCUCAAUCUUUUACAAAUAAAUAAAAAUCUAAAUAUUUAAAAGAAAUUAAUGCUAUUGUAUUAACAAGAAGUAGUCGUUUUUGCAAUUUUUUAGAAUGGAAUGAUUAUAAAAUAGUAUAUAAAAGAUACGCCAGUCUUUUUUUUAUUACUAUUGUUGAUAAAGAAGAAAAUGAAUUAUCAAUUUUAGAAAUUAUUCACCAUUAUGUAGAAUGUUUAGAUAAAUAUUUCGGUAACGUUUGCGAAUUAGAUUUAAUAUUUAAUUUUCAUAAAGCUUAUUUUAUUUUAGAUGAAAUGUUAAUUUCAGGACAUAUUAUGGAACCUAGUAAAAAACUUAUUUUAAAAACAAUAUAAAGUUAAGAAGUUUAUAAAGAAGAUAAUAUAGUAAAAUCAUCACAAAACCAAAAAAAAUGA